AAGGUCAGGGUUCUGGAGCAGCUACAAUAUAGCAUAAAAACAAUUCUGUGUAUCAAAUAGGCAUCCUAUCAGCUCAAUAUAUCCUGCCUAAUCCUUAAUUGACAGCUAGUUAUAAGAAAUUAAAACAUUGAAUUUUGAUUUAAAGUAUAUUUAUUACCUCCUCCUCGCAUAUGCAUUGCAAAUCAUCAAUUUACAAUUGCAGGUAUAAAGCAUUACUUUCACACAGGUGUUAGGGUUACUUGCAGGGAGGGCCACUUGAAGGCUGCUUUAAAUCCUCACCAUGCUCCUUAAGCCAAUGCAUCUUUAACCUUAUAAUUAUAAACAGUGUAUAUCGUAUUGUAAUUUUUCUCUUUCAUACGUAGGUGUACUUUUGUUAAAUUGUGUUUUUAUAGCAUUUUUUUAUGUAUUCCCAAAAUAUACAUGAAUUUAUGUACCUUUUUUAAAGUUAAUUUUAGCUACUAUUUUCAUUACAUCACUUCUUAUAAGAGGCUGUUUUUCUCUUUUGUAUAUUUAGCUCUAUUCGGUUUUAUAUCAGACUUAUUAUUUUUUGUUUAUAGUACGAAAGGAAGGCCAUGGAGGGAGUAUGCCGAACCUGAACAGAGCAUUCAAUUCCUCUCCUGGAGGAUCACCACGGGCACAUAACGGCCAAGAAGCACGAUCAAAACAGCCUGGCACGAUACCAGUUAAUAGGUCAAUGACACCACCUAAAGGCGGUCUUAAGCCACCAUCGCCAUCAAAAGGACGGUCUCUAUCACCUCAGGGUAAGGGGAUACCCAUCCGGGCAAUCGGCAAUGAGAUGAGUAGUUCUCGUGGUAGUGGAAUACCAAAGCCUAGACUUACCGGUAGCUCAACUAUACCAAGGAGCAAAAUAGCUACACCGAAUAAGAGGUCUAUUCCGGCUUCCAGGAGUUACUAUAAGACCAAAGAUGAGAGUUGGAAAGAUGGUUGUUUUUGAGAGAAAACACCCCUUUUUGAAUAAUAGACUGAACCAAACGCUUCACCGGUAUUUCUGGCAAGCAUUUCACCCACAGCUUAAGUAAAACCAACAUUUCAAUUCAUUAAAAUAUGAUGGCUGGAGUAUGAAUCCUAUAUAUAGCAGUGAUAUAUAGAGUUUUAAUGAGCUAGCCAGAAUUUUAUAUAUUUUUUUAAAUAUCUAUAUGUGUGGCAUAACAGUAAGGAAAGUCCAUCUUUAAAGCCCUAUCCAGACUAUCAAAUUGUAUUUGACAAUAACAUGUGACAUGCCUAAAUAUGGUCAUGAUGACAUCACAUCAUGACCGUUGAUAGUGUGGACAGACAUCUUAAGUGAUAUUGUAGAAAAUAACAUCCAGGAAAAGUUGCAUAACGUUCUGUAAAUUCUCUAGAAUUCAUUUUGUUUAGUCAGUUAAUGUUUUUGGUAUUUUUAUUCUCAAUGCAUAACAGCAUUAUUAAACCCUGGCCAGAUUAUCAACAUUUUAUUUGAGAGA